AUGUGUGUCUGUACCCGCGGUUUCAACGUCAAGAAUCUAUACAAUCCCAACAACACCUGUAUCAACAAUUGUUUCCACACCAGUUCAGAUUUAUCCUUCAACUUUGGUCUUUUCAAGUCCAGCUGUAAGUACUACUAUUAUUAUAUGAAGAAAUACAAAAUAUUGGAAGCCAUAACUUACAUUUAA